GCUCACAUUAAGUUUCCUAUUGAUUAUCCAUAUUCACCACCUACCUUCAGAUUCCUGACCAAAAUGUGGCACCCCAACAUUUACGAGAAUGGAGAUGUAUGUAUUUCAAUUCUUCACCCACCUGUAGAUGACCCACAAAGUGGAGAGCUGCCAUCUGAGAGGUGGAACCCUACCCAAAAUGUCAGGACUAUCUUACUGAGUGUAAUCUCUUUGCUUAAUGAGCCCAACACAUUCUCUCCUGCCAAUGUGGAUGCGUCUGUCAUGUUCAGGAAAUGGAGGGACACCCUGCUCACGUCGUGGUGUCCUUCUUCCCGCAGGAAACAGGUUUUGGCUACCAAAGCCGAGGCAGAGAAGGAUGGCGUGAAGGUCCCCACUACGCUGGCAGAGUACUGCAUCAAAACUAAAGUGCCUUCCAAUGACAACAGUUCAGAUUUGCUUUACGACGACUUGUACGACGAUGACAUUGAUGACGAGGACGAGGAGGAGGAGGAUGCCGACUGUUAUGAUGAUGAUGAUUCUGGCAAUGAGGAGUCGUGACCUGCUCCCUCUAUGCCCCUGUACUGCCCUGCCGACUCAGGCCAGAAGGGAGCAGCGGUAACCUAGCAGCAGUCCAGCAAAAAAGAGUAGGGGGGGGAUUAAAAAAGACUUUUUGUCUCCUGCUGUCUCCUGUUGUACGGAUCUGUUUGCUCCUUUUUUAUGGACCUCUUAGAGACCCUCCACAGAAUGUCUGAAUUCUUGCAUUCUUAACCCUUUCAUCACUGUAUUAUGAUUUCUUUUUAAAAAAGAAACUCCCCUUUUCACUUCUCUACAAAACGCUCACAGCGAAACAGGUUUGCUCGCGUUUAGAUUCUUGAAUUAAAUACAGUCUUGCAUUGAGAUGUUUAAUGUA